AUGCAAAUCAAUGCCCAGGUCUAUAUCAGAGACAUUCUCCAGGGCUAUAUUGAGCCUUUAGAUGGAGACUACACCUUCGUUCAGGAUGGGGUAACACAGCCCAUACUGCAAGGCAGACUAUGGGAAUAUUGCAGAGAAAACGGGAUUGAUGUGAAGACUCAAUCGCCGAAGAGCCCAGAUCUCAAUCCAAUUGAGAUGAUCUGGGCCAAUUUGAAGAGGAAAGUGGAGAAAAGAAGGCCUGACAGUAAAGCCAGACUAAUUGCUGCCAUUCAGGAGUCAUGGGACGAAAUUUCUUUUGAGGAAGUGCAAAAUUCCAUUCUUAAGGUGAAAAAUGAAAGAGCAAGGCAGGUCAUUGAAGCGCAAGGAGAAUGGAGCUAA